GGUAAACCGGUGUUGAUGGAUUAAUCAAUACAGUAACCAUAGAAACAACUAAACAUAUCCGAUACCGUAACAAGCGCGUGUUUUUAAUGAAAUUUCGUAAGUAGAAUAAUUACAGUGUUGUUAUCGCGAUUUUGUGGUUUUAUCAGUAAAUUAACGAUGGGAAAGGGUUCGAAGCCUAAGGAAGCAGAUCCUUCUGCCGACCACCUGUCAGAAGUUGACAAGACGUUCUACGAAUUGACUAUAGCCGAUUUAAAUCGUAAAAUUGCAAGACUAAAAACCUUGACCGAGGAACUAGAGGUGAAAAAUGUGGAAUUACAGAAAAAUCUUAAAACACUAGACGAGGAUAGAAAUGACGUAAUUGCAUAUCUUAAACGCGUAAUCCGCGACAAAACGGAAGAGGUGAAGGAUUUUCAUGAAAGGUUAACCGGAAUCGAGGAAGCAAGGGAAGGGGAAAAUAAAACGUUUAAAAAAGAAAUCGCAUCAAUGAAGGACGAGUACAAAAUUAUGCACGAGCAGCUGACAUCCGAAAUUAAAUUAUUAAAUGGUAAAAUGAAUUCUUUAGACGAAUUUAGAGCACAAAAGGAAGAGUUGAUGAAAAAGUUUGAGGCGCAAGAGAAGGAAAUACUUGAACAAGAAGUUAGACACAAACGAGAGUUGUACGCCACUGAGAAAAAGUUUGUUGUGGGCAAAGAUAACUUAAAAAAAGAUAUGGAAAAACGGCUUCUACAACUUUCAACCGAUUUUCAAAACGUAACUGAAAUGCGAAUCGCGUCCACUACUCAUCGCGUUAUAAGGGAAAAUAUUGCCAUAAACAAUGAGCUAGAUGCGGUGUUUACAACGCAAAAACGUCUGCACAAUGACAACAAAGCGCUGAUUGAAGAGAAUAGGAAACUAAGAUUAGAUGCGUCCUUGUACAACGACGAAAAAAAGAAAGUUCUUAAAAAAAACUUGACACAAGUAGGCAUUAUUUCAAAAUUGACGGAAAAACGUGACGAAGCUGAGCAAAAACUAGGCAUGUACAAGAAAGUAGAGGCAGAAUCAGUGUCUCUCAAAAGAGAGUUACUUCAAUUAAAUAAUGAAAAAGAAAAAUUGCAGUUCACCAUUCGCAUUUUAGAACAAAAUCUGCACGCUAGUAGAUGCGAGAGAAACGGUUUGGCAACCGAAUUACGUGUAGCCGAGGAUGAACUGAAAAGGCUCUCGGAAAUUUUAAAAGAAGCAGUGUAUUCAAUAAAGGCGGCUUUAAUGAUAAAACCAGUUAAGGGUAAAAUGACAAAGAUCCAUGAUCGCAAACCCUUAUUAAGCAAUUUAUUAAAAUUAAUGGAUAAAGGUCAAGAGAAUAUACCAAGGAGCCCUUCACUGGAAUCGGUGGAUUCAACAUCGGCAAUAUAUGCCAAGGGUGACCUAGGUUUCGUUCCUAAACCAGUGAUCUUACGGUCUAGAGUGCCUACUAGAAGACAUCGUGAGGUACAAGUUAGUGCUAGUUUUGAAGAUUUUCUUACGAGAUAUGUUCCGAAAAUGGAUAUUCAAGACACCAAAAAAGUAGACACUGAUAAUGGCAUCGAUGAGACUCGCCCUGUCGUUCAAUUUUCAAUUGAAAGAAUCACACCUGAUACUACAUCUGAACUUAAACAGUCCGAAGAAGAACGCGCUGUUUUUGAAAGUUCUGAAUUGGAAUCGAGCAGUACUGAAUCACACCACGUAGACGAUUAUGUGCAGUUUACAAUCCUACCGGAAGCACUUGAUGAACCUGAUUUCGCCGAAAUCCCUGAACCAGAAGAAAUUGAUAACGCCCCUGCUCAAGUGGAAAAUAUUGCCACUACUUCAGAUGUAGUAUCCGAUAAGGAGGGCGGUCUUGCGGAGGCUGAUCUAAAGGAAUAAGCUUUGUUUCAUUUUUAUUUGUUAAUAUCUACCUAAUUGUGUUCGUGUAAAAAAAAAUUAAAUUAAUCGCACUGUGGAUGGUCAUUGGUCAAUUGUUUA